GACAUUCCUGCUGAUAAAGAAUUCAAGGAAGUCUUUGGCGAACUGGCAGGACACUUCGAGCUUUCUUUGCCGUUCCCUGAGUACACCUCGGUGGACGCUAUCCAAAAUGGUGCAUCACACUGGCUGAGACUGCGCAAAGGUGCCGACCCUCCUCCGGGGUUGAGAAGUCCAGAUCUCGGACCAAAGUUUUACAUUGCACCUGGAGAUCGCACAGAAGAAGGUACGACAAGGCUGCACAAGGACAUGUGCGCUGCUGUCAACAUCAUGGCAUACUGUGCUCCCGAUCCACUUUCAAAAAAGAUGGGUGCAAUCUGGCAUAUAUUUAUGGCAUUGGAUUCGGAGACUGUCUCCAUGUUUCUUCGUGAGAAGCACAGCUUGACUGAAAAAGAUCCAGAUCCGCUCCUUGGGCAGAGAUCUUACCUCGACGAACAGAGUCUCAACGACCUCUGGACCAGACACAAAGUCCGGCCAUUCAGAAUUGUUCAAAAGGAGGGUGAAGCCAUGUUUAUCCCCCCCGGAGCUGCACAUCAG